CCUCUAUACAUUUUCUCUUUUGUUUUACUCUCUUUUGAUAGCUUGUUUUAAUUGUUGCACAGUGCUUUGUAACUUUUAUGUCAAUUGCUAUUAAAAUAAACUUUACUUACGUACUAAACUAUAUUAGUGGUAUGCAAAAAGGAGUGUAUCGACUUCUUAUGUAACCUGUCCUGCCAGUGACCUACACUCCCUCUUCUUCUAUCAGGAGCCUCGCGUUGUGAAGGAAUUCGUCUUUAACACACUCACUGUGCUCUUUAUAGUGUCCACUUAGUGUGGUCUGGGAGUACUUUGUUGAGAUUGAGAUUUUACUCCAAACUGAAAACAGGUGGUGAACAAUUGCGCAAUCGAAGCCCUAAAAGAUGCAAUUAACGCCUUUGUUGUCCUACAGUGUAGGAUGGGCGCGUAAAACCUCUCCAGAAAAUACCUUUUAACCCACCCUUUCAAAACCGGCCUGGGUUAUGUUUAACUGGGGCACAGAGGAAUGGAGUUUUGCUUCCACUCAGGUUGCAGUUCUCGCUGUCGGACACUUGGUGCUGCUGCUUGGGAAGCAGCUGUGUAGCAAACGAGGGGGGGCGGCCACGGCGGUGCGACGUGGAAAGGCAGAACAGCAUUCUGGUGUUCUCUGAUGGUAGAGAUUAAACUCCAGCGACCCAAUGAGAACGCACACCGUCCCGGAUCUCAGUAGGAGCUAACGCUGAAAUGAAAGCAAAGGGGCGAACCGGGUAAAUACUUGUGUUAGGAAGAAGUCGUCGCCAUGGACGGAGGGCUGAUUAUUACAUUUAUAUCUGUGGCGAUGUUUGUAGGCUCCUUUCUCCUCGGAUUCAUCCCACUGUUGUUCAGACUGUCUGAGAAAAGCCUGCAGUUCGUUUCCAUCCUGGGGGCAGGUCUGCUGUGUGGGACAGCGCUGGCCAUCACCAUCCCAGAGGGAGUGGGUUUGCUGGAAGACUCGUGGAAAGCGUCAUCCUCUGAUGUGUCAUCCGGUCUAAAUUCCAGUAAAGAAAAUGGGACCGUGGCAGAGAGAGGCCCACCUCGGUUCCUCAUUGGGGUGGCUUUGACGCUCGGGUUCACCUUCAUGUUUGUCGUCGAUCAGAUAGGAAGCUACCUUUCCACACGCGACCAGACGACUUGUUUGUCCAACAGCGUCCACUUCACAGCCACGUUGGGCCUGGUUAUUCACGCUGCAGCUGAUGGAUUUGCUCUGGGUGCUGCUGUGGCUACAGGUCAAGUGACAGUACAAGUUGUAGUGUUUUUUGCUGUGAUUCUGCACAAGGCGCCCGCCGCUUUUGGCUUGGUCUCCUUUCUGAUGCACGGAGGCCUCGAGAAGAAGUUCAUUCAGGGACACUUACUGGCCUUUUCAGCUGCAGCGCCUAUAGUUGCUAUUGCCACUUACUUCAUAUUAUAUGCGUCUGGAAGCUCAUCUGAGAAUCAGCUCAGUGCAACAGGAGUGGGAAUGCUCUUCUCAGCGGGGACGUUUCUCUAUGUGGCCACGGUGCAUGUUCUCCCUGAGAUCAGCAGCAGCAGGACUGAUGAGCUGCCCUUGGACUCAGAGCAGCAGUCUGGAGCCAAAGCCCACCAGCAGAGACACUUGGGGCUCCUGGAGAGCCUCACCCUCAUCAUCGGUGUGGGGCUUCCGAUGUUGCUGGCCCUCGGACUGCACGAUGACUAA